CUCAGACACAAUUAAAGCAAUCAACCAAGACAGAUCCCAAAACGAUUAGGUAGAUGAACCCAAUCCUAAAGAAGAAACAAAAACACGAUAGUCGCUGGACAAACGCCCCUAGGCAAACCCUAGGAGGCGGCCCUCUGGAGCUCUCGAAGAGCGGCUCUGUCGAUCUAUAUUAUAUUAUCAGAGUUAAACUUGCGAAAAGGCGUUAAUCGUAUUAUUAUUAUUAUUGUAAAUUGUGAAUAAAUAUAUGGAUGCUUGCGCUACAUCGGCGGCGUGUUGCCGGAGGCCUCUCGCCUUUAGCCGGCAGAAGAUCCUCUCGUCUGCGAGGCGCUGCAACAUCAGGUUCGAAGACGAGACCCACUUGGGUUACUAUUCCUCCGGUGGCCGGAGUAUCAGAUCUGAUGCCGCCGUCAAGCUCAAAAAGAAGAAUUUUCUGUCUUCGAUUGGAUUCGGCUUGGACUUUGCAGAAUCACUCCACCAACAACAAACUACUAUUUCGCAGGGAGGUGCAGAAACCAUGCUCUCCCAUCUCAAAAAACUAAAAGCAACGGGUAAACAAAAAGAAAGGCGCGGAGGGUAUGAUUCAUCAAGCUCUUCAUCAUCUGAAUCAAGCGAUAGUGAGUGCGAGGGUAUAGACAACAUGAACAGAAGGAAGUGCGACAAUGCAAUCGUCCAACGCUUUACUACUCCUGAGUCCAAACCUGUUGUGGUAUUAGAUUCACAGCAGCCAAUGCUGCUUCCCGUUUCAAUCCACCCUCUCUCCAAUCCUAUCAAUGAUGAAAGCCCGAGUUGUUCUGAAAUGGGAAGUCGGACCAUGAAGUUAUUUGAGGUAUGCAUGGGUGGAAAGUGCAAGAAAUCAGGGGCGCAGGCUAUACUGGAGGAACUUCAAAAUGCAGUUGUAGGGGUACCAGACGUGUCAGUUUGUGGAUGCAAGUGCAUGGGGAAAUGUAAAGUUGGGCCCAAUGUGAGGCUUUCGAGCACCGCCGUUUGCCAUGACGUGUUGCAUGACAACAACAAUAAUAAUAAUAAUGGCGGCCUAGCGAGGUCUGUGUAUCAAAGUGUUGGUAUCCAGGAUGUGAGUUUGAUGGCUUCCAAUUUCUUGGAGAGGAAGGGCGAGGGUCAAGGCCUUGCUGUUGCAUCUUGAUUUUUAUUUACUCGUUAGGUUUCAUCCUCCCUACUGUGGUGUAUCAUAUACAGUUUAUUUUAUAGUGUCGUCUAAGGUUGCAUCGGUAAGUUUUUGUAUAUCCAUGGAACAAUGUUCUUCUUGUGGUGUUGCUUUAUGCUCCAACCUCUUGGACAGAAACUUUCUUGGACUCUUUCCUUGACAAGUUCAGAUUCUCUGGCAUUCUCUUAGUUCAUCUCCGCUCACAUAUACUUGCUUUUUUCUUAUGCUGUCAAUAAAUAAGGUUUCUAUUUUGAUGUUCACA